AUGAAAACACAAACAGUCGCUAUUUUGCUCGUUGCCUUGAUCGGUUUCUCAGUUGCCCAAAAACUCCAUCACGAAGUUGACUUCAUUACCUACGCUUCUGACAACGUCAUUGAAGUAGAUGGCAAUGUGGGAGACGACAUCCACGUUAGAAUUAAGGAAAACCCAACUACCGGAUUCAACUGGAUCAUUGCCAAAGAAUCACCACUCUUCAAGGGACUUAAGACUGAACAAGAGAAGUUCAUUAGACAACAAAGCAAUGGAGUCUUCUUCCCAGGCACUGGUGGAUACAAACUCAUGAAGUUCUCAAUUCAAGAUGGUGGUGACAAGAUCAUCGACCUCGUUCAAGCCAGACCAUGGGAACUCAACACCUUCAAGGACACCUAAGGACUUAUCAACUGGACUGAGGUCUUCCAAUCCAACCACGCCAUCGACAGAAAGUAAAUCCAAGUCAAGGUCAAAGCUUGA